UUUUGUUUCUUCUUCUUUUUAAGCCUGCCUCUGGAAGCAUUCACGGUUACUCCGAUUUAGAUAAGUUGCAUCAUCCUGCGUAAGGUGACAUUUGCCAACACGUUUGUGAGAGCCAUCACUCUCGAAGCUAUGGAGCCAAAAUUCUCUCUCCUGAGGAUGAACGAUGACGAACUGGAUAGCUUUCUGGAGGAGAAGCUUGAAGAGGCGGACAUUGACCUUUCCGAGGUGGAAGACAUCUACCCGUGCGCGCCCAUCCAGGAGGGCAUCCAGCUCAGCAAGCUGGUGCCCUCGGCGCCAGACUACAACGUCGUUGCGACCAUUUCUAUUGAGUCUGUGCGGGACGGCGAUUGCGUGGAUCUGAGACUGGUCCGCAAAGCUUGGCAGCAAGUGGUAGAUCGACAUGCCAUCUUACGGACCAUAUUUGUUGAGAGCGUUGAGUAUGGGCGAUUCUCUGACCAGAUCGUGCUCUUUCACGCUAUGGCGGAUGUACAGGAGCUGCAAAGCUUCGGUGAACGCAUAACUGCACUUGAAUUCUCAGAAAGGCGGCCGGCACAUUGUUUCAGUCUCAUCUCGAAGGAUCGUCAGAGUGUUCACUGCCGGCUUGAAAUCGACCAUACCCUUACUGAUGGCUUUUCAGUAGCAAUCAUAAUGCGGGAUCUGGCCAGUGCGUAUACAGGUCAAUUACCACGGACACCGGCACCAAAGUACAGUGAUUACAUUGCCUUUCUUCAACGCGACAGCGGCGAGGCCCACUUGCAGUACUGGACCCAGCUGCUGGCAGGGGCACAGCCAUGUUUGUUUCCCACGCCAUCGACACUUCUUUCUGAGCAAUCAAGCUCCAUCCAAGUGACUGUACCUGUACCCAACAUACGGUCGUCGGUCCUCCAUGCCUUUUGCCGGAAGCUCAAUGUCACCCUCUUUAAUGUGAUACAAGCAGCCUGGGCCAUCGUCCUUCAGAGCUAUACGCAAAGCAAGGACGUCUCAUUCGGCUACGUGACGUCAGGGCGGGAUUUGCCAAUCGAACGCGUCGAAAGCAUCAUGGGACCACUCAUCAAUACCUUGAUUUGCCGUACACAGUUACGAGGCUCUUCACAGUCGCUCGCAGAGCUUAUUAAAGGGAUCCAAACACAGUAUCUGGCCGGCACAGCUCACCAAACAACCUCGCUCGGCAGCGUUUACGACGCACUUGGAAUGCGGGGACGUCGCCUUUUCAACACUGCCGUCUUUUUUCGCCCAUUGCACCUCGACAGCAUCAGCAACGACACCGUCCGCUUAUCCCUCAUCGGCAGGAAAUCUUACACAGAGUUUGACCUUAGUGUGUCUCUUGAACGAUCAGAUAAAGUCGAAAUCAGCUUAUGCUAUUCUCCAAGAACGUUUUCGCAUAAAAGUAUCACAGCUAUAGCGUCCACACUCUCAAAAGUCCUCCAGCUUUUGCCUAAGUCGGCUAAAAUCCCCGUCGUUAUACCGCAGCCGCUUGUUUAAGGUGUACAAUGUAAGGCCGAUUAGGCAUUUAGAAUUAACAAUAACUGUAACAACGCGCUGCCAAUAAUGACCUGAUACUACUAAGGUACGGUCCAGCGACUCAUGACCAUGACUCUUGUCGCAAGGCAUAAGGUCGCACUAAACUGCCUCCAAACCUCCCUAUGUAAGGAGCUAGGAACUGUAGAAUUGUAGAGUAAUUUUUUCUGUAUUCCUUUGUAUAAGACCUAUAGGUGUAGAGAAUAUAUCCUAGUGUUCUUAUC